ACAUUCCCCCACUCAUCCAUUAUUUAAACCCCACCACCACCACCAUCUCUUCUUCCUCUCUAGUCUCUCCCUUCACACAUUCUUCCAAUCUUCCCACACAUCAUCAUGUACUUACCAUCUACUAUCAUCUUCAUCCUCUUCCUCCUCCUCCUCCUCCUCCUCCCCCCAACAUCUUCAACAACAAUAACAAACUUCUCCCACAAUCAGAACACAACCACCUUGUUGUUCACCUUCCCCUCCUUCACUCUCCGCAACAUCACCCUCCUCGGCGACUCCUUCCUCCGUGACGGUGUCGUCGGCCUCACCCUCUCCACCCCCGUCCCCGCCUCCUCCUCCGGCACCCUCCUCUACAACAACCCCAUCACCACCACCACCCCUUCCUUAUUCUCUCUCUCCACCUCCUUCACUUUCUCCAUCACCAACACCACCCCCACCACCUCCUCCUCCACCUUCACCUUCUUCCUCUACUCCUCCCACAACCUCUCCCUCAUCUUCCACCCCAAUGAUGAUAACCACCUCACCCUAGACUUAACCACUCCAAACUCCACCCUAACCAACAUUCCAACAACAUUCACUGAUCUCAACACUCAGAAUAAUAAUAUUCCAAUCACUUCUUGGCUUGACUACCAUGCUCACACCAAAAAACUCAACGUUUUCUUAAACUACUCUUCAGUACCUUCUUCCAAGCCUCAAAAUCCAAUCUUGAGCGUUGACCUUGACCUUUCUCACUACUUCAAGGACAAUCUCUAUGUGGGGUUUUCGGGUUCAACGCUAGGAAGCACCGAGCUUGUCCAAGUCAUGAGUUGGAGCUUCGAGUUUGAGUCUUUUCAGAAACCGGGUUCAAACUUGCACCCCGACAACGGUUCUAGAACCCCCGCGAGUGUUGCGGUUUCGGACAUUCCUUCUCCUUCAAACUCAACCGAGGGUAAUAGUUAUAACCGUGGCAAGAGAUUUUUCUUUGGUGUUGCUGUUGCCAUUGCUGGCCCUGCUUUCUUCUGCGUGGUGCUUGUGGUGUUGGGGUAUGUUUCUUUCCUCAAGUGGCGUGGCGUGAGGAAAUUACAGAAGAGUUUUGGAACAGUGGGGUGUUGUCCUAAGGAGUUUGGUUACAAGGAGGUUAAGUUAGCCACCAAGGGGUUUCACCCUUCGAGGGUAAUUGGGAAAGGAUCGUUUGGGACAGUGUACAAGGCCUUGUUUGAGUCUUCAGGAACCAUUGCCGCGGUUAAAAGAUCAAGACAAUAUUCUCAUGAAGGAAGAACCGAGUUUCUGGCUGAGCUUUCUGUUAUAGCAGGUUUGAGGCACAAGAAUUUGGUCCAACUCCUAGGUUGGUGUGUUGAGAAAGGUGAAUUGUUGCUUGUGUAUGAGUUUAUGCCAAAUGGAAGCUUGGACAAGGUACUUUACCAAGAAUGUGAAAGUGGGAAUAAUAGCAACAAUGUGUUGAGUUGGAAUCAUAGGGUAAACAUUGCUGUUGGUUUGGCUUCUGUGUUGAGUUAUUUGCACCAAGAGUGUGAGCAAAGGGUGAUUCACAGGGACAUUAAGACUGGUAACAUAUUGCUAGAUGGGAGCAUGAACCCAAGGUUGGGUGAUUUUGGUUUGGCAAAGCUUAUGGAUCAUGACAAGAGUCCUGUUUCAACACUAACUGCAGGGACAAUGGGGUACUUAGCUCCUGAGUAUCUUCAGUGUGGAAUGGCAAAUGAGAAGACUGAUGUGUUCAGCUAUGGUGUGGUGGUUCUUGAGGUGGCUUGUGGAAGGAGGCCAAUUGAAAGAGAGGGGCAGAAGAUGGUAAAUUUGGUGGAUUGGGUUUGGGGGUUGCACUCUCAAGGGACGAUCAUUGAGGCUGCUGAUAAGAGAUUGAAUGGGGAUUUUAGAGAAGGGGAAAUGAAGAGGCUUUUGCUUUUGGGGUUGAGUUGUGCUAACCCUGAUAGUGCUCAAAGGCCUUCCAUGAGAAGAGUGUUGCAGAUACUUAAUAAUAACCAAGGAGUGGCUCUUGUUGUGCCUAAGGAGAAACCUACACUUACUUUCUCCUCUGGCUUGCCUUUGAGUCUUGAUGAGAUUGUUUCUGAUGCAGAGGAAGAGUUGGAUUCUGGCCAGGUUGUGUGUGAGAUCAAAAUUGAUUGAAAUUGAAGAUGCUGAAUUUUGUUAUUAUUAUUCAUUUGAUUCUUUUGUUCUUUCUCAUGAUGACAUUUUCUACUUGUAGUGUCACAUAUAAUACUAGCGAAAUUCACUUCACUAACUGGAGUUCAAGCUAUUACAUUGAACUUCAUGGUAAACAAUAAUGUAUUCAUCACAUUGAAAGCUUAGUAUAUACCGAAAUCCACUUCGUUUCUGGUCA